GGCAAAACCAGAAAUGUCCAGUACCACUCCUCUGGAGACGGAAGACUUCGACUAUACAGCAAAUCGGCCGGCCAUUACGCUGCAUUCUGAGUACACAGACCAACCGGCCGAAGAGCAAAAGCAUCGAUCGCAUGACCCAUAUGUUGCCUCCUUUCCCGAAGGUGGCUUACGAGGAUGGAUGGCGGUUGCAGGGGCCUUCCUCACCCUCUUCGUUGGCGGUAUCGAGUACGCCUUCGGCGUCUUCAUCACAUACUACCUGACGCAUAAUCUCAGAACCUAUUCACCCUCCCAAGUUGCUUGGAUCGGAUCCGCCUCAGCCUUCAUUCACUCGCUCGUUGGCUUAUUGGUCGGAAAGCUCUACGAUGACGGCUACUAUCGACACUUGAUCAUCUUUGGGUCAACUCUGCACGUCCUCAGCAUUAUGAUGCUCUCUCUCUGCACGAAGUACUGGCAGAUCUGGAUCACUCAAGGUCUCAUGAUGGGUGUGGCUACGGGUUGUCUCUUUCAACCGUCUGUCGCCAUUGUCAGCCAGUACUUUGAGAGACGACGAGCAUUCGCAAUGGGCAUUGUCCAGGCCGGGGCUUCACUGGGUGGAAUCUUGACACCUAUCAUGGUCAACAAGCUCAUUCCGAAAGUCGGGUUCGGCUGGGGCGUGAGAUCAGUAGGGUUCCUAGUCUUCGGCCUACUAGUCAUCGCCAACCUGUCAGUAUCGACGCGCUUGCCCUCGCGACGCCGUGGUGCGGCUACCAUCUCCAACUUCCCAACGAUUGACUGGAAAACAUUCUUCGAUGGAGCCUUUGUGGCUACCGUCCUGGGAUGCUUCUUCAUGCAGAUGGGGACGAGUCUGCCAUAUGGAUACAUCACCUCCUUUGGACAAUUGGAAGGACAUAUCAGCCCCUCUCUGGCAUUCUAUCUCCUUCCCUUGACUUUUGCUGGCGGCUUGUUCGGCAGUCCAAUAUGGGCCUACCUUGGUGACAUACUCGGCGUUCUCAAUGUUGUGAUGUUCUCGACCUUUAUCAGUUCCGGUUUACUCGCUACAAUCCUUGCCUGCAAAACUGAUGGUGCCGCUAUUACUGUCUCAAUCCUCUAUGGCUUCUUCUCGGCAGGCUAUCAAGCGAUGGGCGGCCCUGUUUUUGCCACACUCUCAAAUACCGUGCUUGAGGUCGGGCACCGUAUGGGAACAGGCUACUUUAUUGCAGGUGUGGCUACUUUGAUCGCGUCACCAAUCCAAGGAGCUUUACUAGGCACGGAUUAUAUCUGGUGGAAACCUAUCGUCUUUUGCGUCCUCUCUUUAGUGCUAGGGGUGGUCUUGAUGGGAGUUGGAAGGCUUUUACUGAUCAAAAGACGAGGCAGUGAGAGGAAGCUCUGGAAAACGUCCUUCGUUCGUCUCUGAGCGAAAAGGCUGCAAUGUGAUGGAGAACCGUCACGGAUGGCUUGGCUUUGGAAAUUUGAUGGUGUCGACAUCAGGAGCUAAUUCUCGUCACUGCUGUAUCUGGUGGGCUUUUUGUCGUUGAUAAAGGUUCAGCUUUGCCAAAAGUUUAUUACUUAAAUCUUACGAUGAGGCGGGAAUGAAGAUGGCAUA